AUGAUAAAAGAGAAGGAGCUGGACCAUCUCACCGGUCCAGUAGUCAAUUCUUUUUCCACCGAGGAACUCCCAGACAGUAUUUAUGACCAGCAGCCUGCAACAGAACAAGAGAAACAAUUAGAUCAUCAGACAGUGGAGGACAGUGAUUCUUCCAUUGACAUCUCCUCUCUUCAUCUCAACCAGUCAAAGGGUGGUCAUAAAACUUUUGUGGAGGCAAAUGCCGAAGAGAUUCCUGAGGAGAUCAAGGUCCAGGAUUCAUCCAACUACUGUAUUUCCCCAGAAAAAACAAGUGAGGAGCCGUGGUCCCGUCAACAGUUGGAUGAGCAAAGUCAGCCAGAGGAAAUACACACUGAGGAGCAGGACCAGGAACUUUUAGAAGAGGACCAAGUUUUGGAGCAGCAGUCCACUGUACCAGGUGUAGACGGGGUUCUGGAGGAUGAGAUUCAAGAAAGUGAAGGUAUCGUUGAAGAGCAGGCGCCAAGUGAAGAGGCAUCAUCUCAUGAGACUAACCCUCAGCCAUUCCCAGCCACAAUGACAGCUGUGCCUUCAACCCCAACAUUCUCAUUUAGCUUCAGCCCUGCCAGCUCUCCACAUCAAGGGACCUCUGAUGCCAAAUCUCCAGCUUUCCUGUUCUCUCUGAACUCUGGUCCUAGCACACCAGGCUUCCCUGGGUUUGGGUUUGACGUGGGCUCAUCACAGUUAGAGGACUCAUCUUUUGCCUUCACUGGCUCUCUUUUCGGCGAGAAGAAAACCACUGAAUCAAAGUCGUCAAACUGCCCUGAGUUCCUGUUUAACCAGCCAGAGCAAAGUGAAGAUUUCCAGUUUGCCUUUGCUUCCAAAAGCCAGUCAGCUAACAAAGAAACCAGCAGGGAUGAUUUUCCAUUUUCAUUCAACUUUUAAAAGUUCUAUGAAAAACAUUUGAAUAGUUUUUCUGCUGUAUGAUAAGUU